CUUCCUUUUGGCAGGUUGGCAGGUUCAGUUGGCUGGCAGAGGGUGGUCUAGUAAGUCGGGUUCGCUACGUCCUCGGCAGCUCACCGUCACUGAAUCGCGAAAGUUGGCCGUAGAAAAGAGUUGAGGAGGGACUGGAAUCGCUCAAUUAUUUGACCUUGAUCUGAAAAUUUUGGAGUUCUCGUAAAACAAUAGAAAUAUUUUUGAGAUGUACUUCCAACGCUUAAUACUGACACUGGUGCUUCUGUCGACCUUAACUUCGACGGCGGUCGAAGGGCAGGGUGGCACCAGGAGGCGACAGAAGCCAGCCAAGCGGCAGCCCCCUGCAGUCACCCUCCUGUCUACCCGCAAUGAACCCGAUUGCAACGGCGAAGAGACCUUCGAACUGAUCACGGGAUUUGUCUAUUCAUCAGCCGACGACAUCAUCGAUUCGCAGAUUGGAACUCUGCAGCUCAGCGACUGCAUUGACUUAUGCCAAGAGAACCCGCAGUGCCAGGCACUCAACUUCGAGACCGGGCUGUGCGUCCUCUUCAGAACGGCAGCUGGUGAAAAUUCAGGUGGAUUAGCUGUGUCCCAGUUCCCAGUAUUCACUUUGUACGCCCAGAAGGUGUGCUUGCCCCCAGGGAGGUCAGCGUGCCCUACCGCCUGGGCAUACGAGACGGUGCCAGGCUUGGGACUGACAGGACUGUUCGCUUCUGAGAAGAGGCCGGCCGACAGCCGAACAGCUUGUGCCUCCAUGUGCAUCCUGGAGAGUCAGUUCAAAUGCAGGUCUGCCUCCUUCAACGCAGCCAGCAAGACUUGCACCAUGUCCCAAAUCGACCGGAACAUGGCAGGCAGGAAGAAGCUCUUGGCAAUCCGGUCGGACGACGACUACAUGGAAGUGAGCUGCGUGCCAAAGCCAGAGAAGAUGUGCGAAUUCCAGAGCCUGCGCGGCCGCAUCCUCAAGACGGUGGAUGCCGUCUUCCAAGACGUCGACAGCGCCGAAGAGUGCAGGAGCAGAUGCUCUAACUCCAGCUUCACCUGCUAUUCCUACGACUUCAUGUCUGCCGGAGAGAAAAUCUGCCGACUUUCUCACCACUCCUCUGCCACACUGGCCCACAUCCAGGAACCUUACCUGGAUAUCGAAAAUGCCACCACACACGAAAUGCAGUCAUGCUACCAGAUCACUGUAGAAUGCAGAGGAAACGAGAUGUUGGCCAAGAUCUCUACUUCGACUCUCUUCGACGGCAAAGUUUACGCGAAGGACAGACCCAACAGCUGCGUCAUGGACGUGCGCAAUGCAACCGAUUUUGAGAUGAUCCUGCCUUACAAUGACGUCAACUGUGACGUCGUCCAGGACGGACCAGGAAUCUUCUCUUCCAACAUCGUUAUCCAGCACCACGACAUGAUCGUGACCUCGGCUGACCUGGGUCUGGCCCUGCACUGCAAGUACGACCUCGUCAACAAGACUGUCACAAACUCUCUCAUCUCGGGACUGGAAGUCAAAGGAGCCGUCGACACGGCCGAGUUCUUCCAGGAAACCGUCGUCGAAUCUCCCAAUGUUGUCAUGAGGGUCACCGAUCGCAAGGGAGCUGACAUCUUCACAGCACAGGUGGGCGACAACUUGGCUCUGCGAUUCGAGAUCACAGACAAAAAUACCCCUUACGAGAUCUUCGUCCGCGAUCUUGUGGCCAUGGACGGCCAGGACAACUCCGAGAUCCUUCUCCUGGACGAGAAUGGUUGCGCCACUGAUCCUACCAUCAUGCAGUCCGUGGUUCAGGUGGACAGGGGCGUCGUACUGCAAGCUCCUUUCCAGGCUUUCAAAUUCCCAGCCUCCGACGUGGUGCAAUUCCGAGCCGUAGUUACGCCCUGCCUUCCCACUUGCGAGGCCUACCAAUGCGACGUCCAGGGAUUCGACGGAGUCGCCCGAAGCGAGAUAUCCUACGGAAGGAAGAAGAGAGCGGUCCAAGACACGGAGAUCAUGGUGGCCCAGUCCGUGCACAUCACAGACAAGUUCCAGUUCGCCUCCGCCAUGCAGGAGGAGGUGGAAGUGGAGGCGGCAGAGGGCUCCUGCUCCUCCUUCACGGGCGUGGUGGUGGCCAUCGCCCUCUUCCUCCUGGCGCAGCUGGUGCUCCUGAUGGCGUGGAGCUACCUGUGGCACAAGAAGAGAGCCACCAAGCAGAUCGACCCUUCCCCUCCCCCCCACUACUUCGGCACCACGUCGUCCAGAACGUCCUCCACAACAUAUCUCUCCAAUUAAAUCCUGCGCCCCGUCGCCUCCUCCUCCUCCUUCAUUUGUUUAACAGUCUACGUUCUCUCUUCUCUCGAGUUCUUCAGAACACUCAUCUGAUGAAACCGAGCGAGGAAACAUUCAUUCAUUUUCAUUUUAGUUUCCCCUAUUAGGAGUUUGUUAUACAUGGCGUAACUGAAUGAUAUACCAUUUCCGUUUUCUAUAAAUGAACGGCAUGGUCAAUCGCUAAUACCUCUCGUAUUUGUUGUUACGCAGUCCUGCAGUUCAUGUGAACGGAAGCUUUUACCUGCCUGAAGAAAGUAGCAUAAUUGUACCAAGAAACGAUCAUCACAGCAGUCAAUUAUGUCUAAUGUAAAGGUUACUCAGCAUGUAUGACAAAUGCACGUUAACAUGGGCAUCAUUAGGAAUAUGAUCUACAUAUCGUUAUCAACCAGACAAGGCUUUGGAGCUUUGUGAAGGGCAUAGAAUAUUUAUUUAUUUCCUUACCAUACAAACUUUAGCUUAAUUUAAUUUUGGACCCUAGAAUUCCCUAUCAAGCAACUUCUAUGUCAUUAACGUAUUUAUUUAUUUAUUUUGUGCUGCAAACAUCACUACGAUCACUUUUGGGAUAUGCUCUGCUUUGCUGUCUAUAGCCGUCUUUUGGUUUUGUUAUAAAAUAUGAAUAGAGAAAACGAUAGGUAAAAAGGUGCUACUGGUUCGCGAUUUUUCUGUAAAAUUGCAAUUAUAUGAAAUGUACCUGAUUUACCACAAACGAAAUUAACACAAACAUCAAUUUUAAAACGCACACACACACACAUAUGUAUAUAU